AUGGUAGCUGCAGUCGAUCCAACAUACCCGCUCCGCCCCAUUGCUUGUAUCUUGUCCUCUGCAAUGAUGCUUCUCGUACUAUUGACGAGCUUCAUGCGGCAAAGCUGGAACCUUGGUGUCGCGUUCCUGUGUUUUUGGCUCUUCUUCAACAACCUCACACUUGGCAUCAAUGGGAUUAUAUGGGCUGAUAACUCGGAGGUCAAGCACUUGAUAUAUUGUGAUAUCGUUACGCAUAUACAGGUGAUCACGGCUGUGGUCAAGCCGAUGUCUACUUUGAUCAUAACGCGUCGGAUCUACCUGAUAACCAGUCUUCAAUCCGUCUAUCUGCCUGACGAACGCAUGACACGCCGGAAUCGCGCGAUUGAAUGGACAUUGGGACUAUUAGUGCCCCUCAUCGUUGCAGGGCCUCUAUACUACAUCGUGCAGAUUGCCCGCUUUGAGGUCCUAGAGGGCUUCGGCUGCGCGAAUGUUCCCGAUUCUACGGGAUUAGGCAUCUUACUCGUAUUCUCGUGGAGCGUGACCAUCCCCCUAUGGUCUAUCCUGCUUUACCUCUCCCAGUGGGCGUCGCCCGUGCUCGCAUUCGCCAUCUUUGCUUUGUUUGGUGUCACGAAGGAGGCUCGCGCGGCGUACUGGCGCGUCUUUGAUAUUGCGGGAGGUUGGCUUGGUUAUAAGAGGAGCCCGCGCGAGCGCGGGGCACGGUCGACACUAGGAACAAUCGAGUUUGGCGAACGACCUCAAAGUUGGUCACGGGACGUUGAGACGGGAUCGCACCGCUCGAGUUUCGAUGGUCCGAACAAGCGCGACUUCGCAAAAGGACACGGUGGUGUGGAUGAUUCCUCCACUUCGGGGCUCGAUACAGGGAGGGGUGAAGACAGCCACCAUCAUGCCGCCGAGGUGGUGGUAAAUACUUCACCGAACAGAGAGAAAGCCGGUGAGGGUGAUAUAUGA